AUGCCUCGUCGAUUAAACGACGGAGAGCCUGGCCGUUUUACCGCCACCGCUCUUCUUUUCAUUGGUCUGAUCUCGUUUCUUCUCGUCUACGUUGUCUUCUCUAUUGUCCUCCGCCCUCGAGAUCAUACGCUCGAUUCCGCGGCCCGAUUCACCGGCUCGCAAAAUCAGAGCCGUUCAGAGGCGGAUGGAGACAGCCGUGGGUGUUGCCGUGGAGUCGAUGAUCUGGAGCUUUGGGGUCCGGCGGUGAAGUGGGGGGAGGAUUUCAAGUUUAAUUCGUCGGAGGAAUGUUGUAAGGCGUGUAAAGUUAUGUGUAGCGGCGGCAAUGACGGACCUUGCUUGUGCGAUUCAUGGGUCUUCUGUGGAAACAAAGAGGCUUGCGGCUCCAAGUUUGGAGAGUGUUGGCUGAAGAAGCAAAAAGAUGUAUUGCUGCCUGAUCGACACGAAGGCAGCCAGACAGUAUCGUGGACAUCUGGGCUUAUAUUCGGACAAGGAGAGGGCAUUGUUGGUUUUGAGACAAAACACGGCCUACUUCAUGUCCAACUUCACCCUGAGUGCGCUCCUCACUCAGUAUUCUACAUUCUUAAUUUGUUAACUCAGCGCCACUGCGCAGGCUGCCAGUUUCAUCGUGCAGAGAACCGGGGAUCAUAUUGGGACUCACAAGGCAAUCAUUUAGACAAUGCUCCGUAUGGUCCACCAUAUGCCAUGAUUCAAGGAAUACUCCAGCCGGAGGGUAACAUGUUUUCGCCGAUCCCAACCGAGAACUGCCCAACCAUUAGCCGUGGCUCAGUUGCGUGGGUCGGCUCGGGUCCAGAAUUCUUCAUCAGUCUCGCAAACCACCAUGAAUGGAAACAAGCUUACACUGUUUUCGGCUCUGUUCUGCCGGAAGACAUGGAGGUUGUGGAGAGGAUUGCUGGUUUACCAACAAGAGCCGAUGUAUGGAACAGCGUUAAUGUCUCUGUGCUUGAGAAACCUGUAUGGUUAACCGUACGAAGAAUGAAAACGGGCUGA